AUGCCAAAGGUGAUUCUACCGUUUGCAAGACCGCACCGAUGGCAAUUGCGUAGACGGCCAGGUCUCCAGUCAACCAUUCCAGCUAUCACCGGUGCAGCAGCGAGCUUGGCUCUGCUGGCGACGCUCCGUGCUCACAAGAAGUCCUCCCGAAAGGCCCCCCCAUCGGCUGGUAAUAUCCUGGUAAUAGGUAAGUUUGAUCCCGUCACCGGCAAGAAGAACUAUGUUAACCCUUGGGAGGAGCGGAUCGACCUCGAGAAAGACUUGCCUGACGAUGGGCACAAGAUUCCGAGCGGAAGGAAGUUUCGUCCAUACAGGGGACCGGUGUACAAGCAGGUCCCGAUCAUCGACGGACUGCAGUUCCCAUUGGAUCCAAACGUCUACUACCCUCCGCUGGAGCCGCCACCUCCCGGAGCUAAGUGGGGUGACGGACGUUCCCCUGAUGGCAACUGGUACAUGGAUGUUGAGGAUGAGAAAGUUCAGUACUGGCAGGGUGUCGGCAAGAGAAAGACGGCAUGUGCCAUUGUGCGCAUCGUCAAGGGCAAUGGCCAGUUCAUCGUCAAUGGCAAGGAUGCAAUUACGUAUUUCAACCAUUACCCCUACUGGUGGCUGAAGGCAUGUGAGCCCUUGGCUGCGCUGUCCCAGAAGAACAAGUUUGACAUCAUCGCCAAAAGCUUUGGUGGAGGUGUCAGUGGACAGGCAGGUGCCAUCCGUCUAGCUCUUGCACGUGCCAUGCAGGAAUACAACUUCAACUGGAGGCCACUGAUGAAGAAGGCAAGGUACCUGACGCGUGACUAUCGUAUGGUCGAGCCGAAGAAGCCGGGUCAGCCAAAGGCCCGCAGGAAGACGCCGUUCCACAAGCGCUGA